AUGGCAGAAAGCAAAAACCAUUUCCCCCAGCCUCCAACAGGCUCCACAAAACCAUUCUGGCGGACAUCGCUCCACCCACUAGACACUCACCAGACAACGCCCAACCUCCCAUCCGAGACAGACAUCCUAAUAAUCGGCGGGGGUUAUGCCGGUGCAUCUGCCGCAUAUCAUCUUUUCCCAGAAAACCAAGCUGCCACCCCGCCAAGUGUUGUUCUUCUCGAGGCCCGAGAACUAUGCUCCGGAGCCACGGGUCGCAAUGGGGGUCAUCUGAGACCGGAUCUUUAUUCAAUCACGUCCAAAUAUCUCGAGCGGUAUGGACUAGAAGCUGCGGUUGAAGUUGUUCGAUUCGAAAUAUCGCAUAUCAAGGAGAUAACGGACCUAGUCGCGAGAGAAGAAAUUGACUGCGAACUCACCUUCACCAGAUCUCUGGAUAUCUAUCUAGACGAAGGGGAGUUGCAGCGGAAGAAGGAAUUUGUGGAAUAUCUCCGAGCGCAGAAUCUCGAUUUCAUGGAUGAUGUGGAAUAUUUGUCUGAGACAGAGGCACAGGAAAAAGCCCACGUCCGAGACGCAAAAGGCGGCUUCAGCUUCUCCGCCGGCCACCUAUGGCCCUACAAACUAAUCACCCACCUAAUACGUCUAGCCGUAUCCAGAGGUCUAAAUCUCCAAACCCACACGCCGGUCCUAUCAAUAGGAGAAACCCAAACAGCAGAAGGAUUCUGGCCCGUAACGACCUCCCGAGGAACAAUCCACGCGCGCAAAAUCAUUCUCGCCACGAACGCAUUUACCAGCGCCGUGGCACCGCAGUACUCGAAAGCCAUCAUUCCAUGCAAGGGCCUCUGUACUGCAAUUGAGCCGGGACCCGGCGCCCCGUAUCGGCGCUUACCCGAGACAUAUGCCAUUCGACACGGCCCGGGCGCGUUCAUUUAUCAGAUUUCCCGACAUGAUGGGUCGAUUAUUGUUGGUGGGGCUUCGUAUAUUUUUAAGGAUGAUUUGGGGGAGUGGUAUGGGAAUUCUGAUGAUGGGGGGUUGAUUGGAAAGGCGGAUACGUACUUUGAUGGGUAUAUGCAGCGGACCUUUUUUGGUUGGGAGGAUAGUCGGGCGGAGGUUAAGCAUAUUUGGACUGGUGUGAUGGGAUAUAGUGCCGACUCAUUGCCUCAUGUUGGAGAGGUUCCAGGUAAACCCGGACAGCUAAUUGCCGCUGGGUUCAAUGGGCAUGGUAUGCCUGUGGUUUUUCUAUCCGGGAAGGCUGUUGCGGAGAUGGCACUGAAGUCGGUCUCUUUCGGCGAAACAGGUCUGCCGAGAUUGUUUGAGACAUCGAGUGCUCGACUAGAUCCGGUUUAUGAUGAUAUUCUUGAAUAG